AUGGCGGGCAACGGGCCGCCGGCGAAGAAGCUCGACAUGAUGUCGUCGUUGCUGAAUCGGACCCGACAAAUUCAGAAGAGCUACAUGGAGUCGUUUGUGAAAGAAGUCGAGAAAAUUCCGCCUCCAAGGGAUCCGGCGGAAGAGCGCGACUCGGCGGUGCUGGCGACGUUUUGGGGAAUAACGAAAAAGGGAGACACCACUUCGCGACCCCAAGAAAAUGGAGCCCCAUCAACGAGCAAAGCGCCGCCGGAGCCCGCCGAGGAAUCACAAGCUGAUCGGGAGAUUCGCGAAAAGAGAGAGGCCUUGAUCGCGCAAAGAAGGGAAAUCGCUAAAGCAGCGCUAAUCCGGGAGGCAGAGAAGCACAUGCGAUUGGAUCGAGGGAAACCGGUGGCCAACAAGGAGUUUCUGUCAAGAACGAUCAGAUCGACGGUGCUCAGCGAUCGGCAGGAAGAGCUGCGGAAAGAGAAAGCCAAGGCGCAGAACCAGCGGCGGGAGGACAUACGAGAAGAAGAAAUGCUGUUAAGAGAACGCAUACGGGCUCGCUACUUCAAAGACGAAGACAAGAAAUCAAAGUCCCGGAAAGGCAGCAAGAGUGACCGACGCAGCCGCAGCAAGAGCGCCGAAGCCAAGAAGAAGUCUCGGAAGAGGAGUCGAAGUCGGAGCAAGAGCCGCAGCAGAAGCGUCCAAGUCGUGGAGAAGACUGAGCGGGAUAGAAGAUCAUCAAAGCGCUCCCGAAGAAGCCGAAGUCCCGACGACAAAAGCAGCAAGAAGGCCAAGAAGCGU